AUGGUCAGCCAGGCAGCCAUGCGAGGUCAGCGUGUGGUGGAGAGCGUGUGCAGGUGCUGGAACCCGGCCGUCUGGCUCCUGGUGUCCCUGCUGGGGUCCCUCAUCUUGGUGGCUGUCAGUGUUCUGCUGCGACUUGGAGACAUGAAAGUAAGCAGACGGGCUGUAUCCAGUAAAGCGAAAGGCUCACUGAUAUUAUCUGCUUGUCUCUCCGAAGUGCGACUAGUGAAUGGACGUAACAGGUGUGAAGGUAGAGUGGAGGUGGGCUACAAUGGCUCAUGGGGCACAGUGUGUGACGACGACUGGGACAUGGUGGAUGCCAGUGUGAUUUGUCGUCAGCUGGAGUGCGGACUGGCCGCAACAAUGGGCAGCACCUCUUCGUUUGGACAAGGCACAGGGCGCAUCAUGUUGGACAAUGUGGACUGCAGAGGAAAUGAAACAAACCUUAGCCAAUGUCAUAGUCAGGGCUGGGGCAUCCACAACUGUUACCACUAUGAGGAUGUGGGUGUUACCUGCAAAGAAAAUGCCACGCUGGGAUCUAGAGGUUUUGAGGAUUCCACCACACCACCACAGGAGAACUCUGGUUUACGAGAUGGCACCAUCCGUUUGGUGAAUGGACAAAACGCCUGCCAGGGCCGGGUUGAGAUCUACUACCAAGGAAAAUGGGGAACAGUGUGUGAUGAUGACUGGCAAAUGAACAAUGCCUGGGUGGUGUGUCAACAACUUGGCUGCGGUAGUGCCAUUUAUGCACACACCAACUCCUACUUUGGCUACGGUACCGGCUUGAUUCUCCUGGACAAUGUCCAAUGUUACGGCACUGAACCGGACCUGACAAAAUGCAGAAGCCUGGGCUGGGCCAAACACAACUGUGGCCACCAUGAGGACGCUGGGGUCACCUGCUCUGCAACAGACGAAGUUCCAGUCACGGAGUCAACAAGUACAACAACAACUGUUACCACAACGGUCCAGACAAAACGCAACCCAACUAUUCGUGUGAUGAAUGGGAACAGUAGCUGCCAGGGUCGUGUAGAGGUCCUCUACAAAAAUGUUUGGGGGACGGUGUGUGAUGAUGAUUGGACCAUGCCCAAUGCAAAAGUAGUGUGUCAGCAGCUUGGCUGUGGCCCACCUAUUGCUGCCAAGACCCAGGCCUACUUCGGCUAUGGUUCAGGUCCGAUCCUGCUGGACAACGUGGAAUGUAAUGGCGACGAAGCUGAGCUACCCGACUGCUUUCAUCUGGGCUGGGGUCAGCACAACUGUGGCCAUCAUGAGGAUGCUGGAGUUAUCUGUGCAUCUUUUGAAUUCCAAUUUACAAGUACGCGUGACUUUGGAGUGACAGAAGCGGCCACCACUACUGCCCCACCACCCACCGCAGGAAUGGUGAGACUGGUGGGUGGCCAGCAUCGUUGUGAGGGUCGAGUGGAGAUGUACCUAAAUUCUGAAUGGGGCACAGUGUGUGAUGACGCUUGGGACCUGCCCGAUGCCCAGGUUGCGUGUCAACAAGUGGGCUGUGGAGAGGCCACGGCAGCUCAAGUACAAGCUUUCUUCGGGCCUGGCACGGGAACAAUCCAGCUGGAUAAUCUCAAGUGCAAUGGUGCUGAGGCAUCUCUGCAGGAGUGCUCCCAUAUAUCCUGGAAUAUGCACAACUGUGACCACUCUGAAGAUGCUGGUGUCACUUGUUCACUGUCAUGAUUUCAGCAGAGCCACACUCCCACCUCCUGAGCAGGAAGUGGGCCUACCAUCCUGGGACUUGUAUGCAUUAUGUAAAUAACAGCUUUCACAUUGCUGAAGGAAUACUUCACCCUCAACAACAUACAAAAACAACUGAUAUGACAAUAUAUAAUUACAUAUUAUAACUAUAUAUGUUUAUUAAGCACUUUAUAAAUAUUUGA